AUGUCUGCUCUGAUUCUUCCCGCCCACGGCUUGUUCACAGCAUCUGGAGGUUAUUUGCAACCCCGGGAUCUGCCCAGCCGGGGCGUUUUCCCCUUUGUCCAAGGCCUUCUUUGCAACACCGGGUCGAGGUGCAGGAACACAAGCUAUGAAUGGGCCACAGAGCAGCAUUUUUGUUCUUCUAGGUUCCCAACUGCAGCUGGAGCUCACAAGAAAGUUGAUGACCUGGCCUUCUUAAAGGAGGUAUAGGACCUCGCCCAGGAAGUUUAUGAAAUGAUGGACAAGGCGAGAAACUUACAAAAACUUUGGGUAGAAAGAUCCAAGACCCUAGAUUCUUCUUGUGGCUCCAGUUUUUUAACAAUGGAUCUCAGUAAGACUGAGGAGGUGAUCGCCAAGCUGGAGAGUCUUCACCGGCAGCCCCCCGUCUGGGAUUUUCUACUUUUACUGCCAAGACUCUAUGCAAACAAUGUCCAUGUGGAAGACGGCUGGCCUCCUCGGGGGAGGACACGUACUCCGCUGGGUUCUGAGGGACUCAGGGUCGCACUGACAGCCCCGGGAGUGGGGAGUGCGGACGUUUCCUUAUCAGCUCUGGAACAUUUAGACUGGCCGCCAGUCAGCCUCACCUUUUCCAGGGUCUCUGAAAUGGUGCUGCAUGUGGCCAUUUCGGUGCUGGUAUUUCUGCAGGAGAACGGAGCAGCGGCCAUGGAGUCAGGAUACAGCCUGUCCUUGAAGGAGCUGGUGUGGGACCCACAGAAGGUUCAGGCUGACCUGAAAUCCCGAUUCGGUUUUGAUGACCUUCACGCAGAACGAAUCCUGAAUUAUUCCGCUGAACUACAGGAGGUAUUCCCAGACAGUUCACUGGGGCGGAUGCUGUGUUCAGCCUUGUCCGGCUCCCAUGAGGAUGAAGAGGAAGGGGGGGGUCACCCUGUAGACUGCGACCCCAGGUGGUCAGGGGUCAGAAACUACCUGCUCUGCGCCAUCAGCCAGCUGCACCUCUGCAAACAGGUGUUUGACCAGUGGCAGAAGGGCAGCCUCUUCCAGAGGGUCCUGGCGGGGACUGGCCACGGACUGGAGGCUCUGGGGACUCAGUCUGGGGAGGGAAGCCAGCCCUGCACGGUGGCGGGAGCUUUGCAGGCUGCCCUUCUCCUCCUGAACGACAGUGUGGCAGUCGAUGGCCCCCAAGGCAGCCACACACCUACCAGGAUAUUACUGCACCUGCAGAAAUUGCAGCGCGUCCUUUGGGAGCUGCCCCCAUGGCCGGCCCUGAUGAGACUGCUGCAGCUCGACGGGGCUCUCGGGAGUGUGGUGGCCCAGCAUCUACACCUUGUCCGAGAAAUCCUCAUCUGCCUGGCGACAUUUGCUAAGGACUCUCGACCCGCUGGGCCUGGCCAGUCGAAACUAGAAAAGGACGUACUUUUUGGGGAGUUAAAACAGGCUCUCGUUUGUCUUUUAGCUGUGGAUGAAGAAGAACGCCACUGGUCUGUGCCUGAACGGACGCUUGUCCCAAACGGAAGCUCCCCUGCAUCCCGGGACCGCCAGCAACCGGUGGGGGGGGGGGUCCGUGGGGGACUGGGCUGUGGUCACCACUCCUCCAGUGAGGCCAGUGCUUUACAUAAGCUGCUUGAGUCACCGGAGGAUGCGGACCUGGGGGCACGGCUGUUGGAAGUGAGCCUGCCCAGCGCUCGGCUUCUGUGGCUGCCGGGAGCCAAGGUCUCCCCCCACGACUGUACGGACUGGCUUUUCUCCGCGGCGGUAUUUCAUACACUUGAGAAAGCCCAACAGUUCCUGGAACAAACAUACCCCUGGAAAGCCUUCAUGGAGUUCAUACGGAAGACUUGCCAGGUGGCUCGAUAUGUGAAUAAGCAGGAAAGUUUCCAGAACAGUCUGCUUGCUUUCUCUGAGGAAUCUCCCUGUUAUGGAGAAAACAUUGAUUGGAAAAUCACUGGUGAUAAUUGUUUCGCAUUUUUGAAUAACUUAAUCAAGACUCCAAUAGCUUCCAUAUCCAGGGUCUUAAAUUUCACUAAGGCGCUUCUAAUGAUGGAAAAGAAGUUGCAGACCCUUGAGGAUGAGCAAAUGAACUUCCUUUUAUCUCUGACGGGAUUUUUGGAGAAAUUAUUAUUGCCCAAUCCUUUCAGCUCACCCAGUAUUCCCAAAUUCCACCUCUCAUCUCUCCCUGAGACGAUUCUAAAUACAAGUCAUUUGUGGAUAAAUCAUUUAGCAUGUUUAGAGAGAGACACACCUGGUAUUGAUACUCAGAAACUUCUGGAAUUCGGCAAAGAAAUGAUUGAAAAAGUACAAACUCUUGAAAGUCUCUGGAUAAGGAAGGAAUCAAGAAAUAUCUUGAGAUUUAUGGAAUUAAUACUUUUUGGAAUGAAUCCCAAGAUCCUGGCAUUGUGGACGCAUGGCACUUCAAAAGGAGAAAGAGCUAAACUGGGAAUCUUGUCUACACUUGUAAACUUUUCUGAUCCAGAAAAUGAGAGGAUUCAUAAUAAAAGCUUUAACUUUUCCCAGUUGUUCCGUUCAGAUUGGCCUCAGUCGCCAGCCAGGAAAAUGGAUUUUGUUCAUUUAAGUGAAGUGAUAAUAAAUGGUCUCUAUGAAUUAGGAUUUCUGAGGCAGGAACAAGUCUCAGAAGCUGUGGGCACAGUCUAUGCCAUGAGGAAAGCAUCCGAUCUUUUCUCAGCCUUUUCUGAACCUCAAAAACAAGACAUUGAUAAAAUUUUGGCUCAUGUAUAUCUAAAUGUCUUCCAGGACAAAGAUUCAGCUUUACUUUUCUAGAUUUAUUCUUCAUUUUACCAAUAUAUUUAUAAAUUCUUGAGCAUUCAGAGGAGAGAGUCUUUGCUGUCUUUCCUGACACAAAUCUUAAAACACAUUUUGGAUAUCAUAAAGCAAUUUAAUUUCCAAAACAUCACCCCAGCAUUUGCAUUUUUAUAUGAGACAACAGGGCUUCUUGGGGGAAUUUCUGAAGUAUCUUACUGUCAACAGUUGCUUGCAAUUUUUAACUUUUUGGAGCUUCAAGCCCAAUCCCUGAUGUCUACAGAGGACCCCGCAGAGUAAGUGAUCCAUGCUACUUUGACAGGUCUCAAACACCUCUUCAUGGUGGAUGACGGUUUUUGUAAUUCUUUAUUUCAGUAUGUGAACCAACUCGUCAAUCGAGUUGAGCCAACUUCUGCCAACUCAGAAGCCCUGCUGAGUAGUGAAUGCUUUGUUCUGGAUAAUAAAAGCGUUUCUUCCGUGAAUUAUUCAAUAGAAGAGGGAUCUUCAUCUAUUCUCCCAUGGGCACAGAUCCUUUCAAACCUCUCAGCAAAUGGCAGUGAAUUCCGUGAGUUUACGGCCGUUCACUGUACCAUUUCGUGGCUGCAAAUGUGGACCAAAAAUCUGUGACGCAUGGCUCAGAUAUUUCAGCUGGACACGAAUAUUUUCACUCCUCUUCGUGUUGGUCUCACUCAGAUUUUGGAUGCACUGGAAAGUGAUGUGAAAAUUUCCAAAAGCUGCCAGGGAAUAUUUCCAGAUGUGGAAAACAAAAUGAACUCUACUUUGAAGCUUGUUACUUGGACAUUGAAUAUAAUGAUGGGGCCUUAUUGUUCAUUGAAUACAUCAAAUAUAAAUUGUGUGAACGUUUACUUAAAAAAUGUGACUGACUUUCUAAACGUUAUACUUAAUGCAGUCUUUGAAAAAGAAAAGGUACCAAAAUCUGAGAUUUUAUUAACUCUUUUAAAUGAUUCCAUGAACCAAGUAAGGAUGCUUAUCAACACCUUAACAAGGGACUUUGAUUUUGCUCUUCAAUCCAACUGGAAACAUUUUACUGAAUUAAUUCUAAAACCCAUAGAAAUGUCAGAUGAAAUGCCUCAUCAGUUUAAAAGUAUUUGGCUGCAUUUAGUAGCUCUGGGGAAGGAAAUUCAAAAAUUUGUGAAAGAUAUUUCCCCUAACAUCCUGGAAAAGAACACCUCUUCUAAAACUGAAAAAAAUUUAAACAUAUUUGCUACCAGUCCAAAGGAAAAUGAUAUACACAACUUAGGCCAUUCAUUUUAUCAGUUAGCUAGUUACCUUGCCUUCAAUUUAUCUCAUGAUCUCCAAAAUUCACCCCAGAUAAUUUCUCACGGAUUAAUGAAAGCCGUGGGUCUCAGUAUUGAAUUCAUGAGGGAGGCGUUCAAUGCCCUGACACCCUCAGUUUAUCACGAUAUUCCACAAGAGCCAGGUAAUUUUCAAGUUUUAAAGAAGGUAACUUCUACCCUGUGCACGGUCAAGGAAACAGACAUACACCUGCUAGUAGACCAGCUGGAACAGAUAAUAGUGGGAUUGCUGGAUUUCUUUAAGAACGUCAGUAGGUUAGGUACUGGCAGUUUGGGGGUCAGCUUCUUUGUUGACUUGAUGGAAAAACUUGUCGACGGCUCACGUUCUUGGAGUGUUUACCACCUGCUGAGGUUCUCACGCCUGCUUCCUAAAGAGGACGCCGAUGCCUCAGUCGAUGUGUACUAUGUGCUCCCUCAUGCCAUGAGGCUCCUGUGGGGAGUGGGUGACAAAAACAUCAUGGAGGCCCUCAAGGACAUCUGUAACUUCACACUCCUGCAUGGCAUAAGCCUUUCAGACGUCACCAAGGAAGACUUUGCUAUUGUGAUUAAAACUCUUUUGGACACAAUUGAAUUAAUAUCAAAUCAACCAGGCAUCCUUUCAGAGGCUUUAACUUGUCUUCCUGUGUUUUGGUGCUGGAAUCACACAACUUCUGGAUUUCAGCAGAAUUCAAGGUCAGGAGCCUGUGAUGCCCACGAGCUCACAUCGCCUUCCUUUUACAGCAAAGUGGCCAGUAUCCUUGACCACCUCCACCUGUGUUCCCCAGGUGACGAUUCACAAUGUUGGAAUGAAAGCUCACAGGUGGAAAUAACUAGGAAAGUAGCCUGUGUAAUUCAUGCAUUAAUGGAUUGGAAUUCCAUUCUUCUAGAGCUGUCCAAAGUCUUCCAUGUUAAAACUUCGCUUGUGAAAACUGUGCAAGAAUUUUGGCAUAAGGUGUUACCAUUUGUCCCAUUUUCUGGAAAUCAAAGCAAUGGCAGCAUCUCUGAACUUUGUCCCAGCGGUUCCAUAAAGCACGUGUCUUUGCAAAUCAUAGAAAAAAUUUAAAAAGUCAGCUUUACAAAAGCCACGUCAGAUGAAAACCUCCUUGAUAAACUAGCUAGUUUAAACAAGAUCCUUAACGUUGAUGAAGGAACAGAAUCAUCUGUUAGAAAUAUUUCCUUACAUUUGGAAAGGAUAAUAAACUUGCUUUCUAGGGAUGAGAGCCUAGAAAAUAGUACUAAUUCUCUAGUCUCUCCAUUCAUGACAUUUCUGAAUGAAAACCUUACGGGUGGUAGUUUAGAAGCACUAUCACGUUUUAUUAAAAAAAGUGAAACAACUUACAACUUUGAAGAACUAUGGCUUGAGUUUGAACAAAUCAUGAAAGAUCUAACCCAUAACUUUAGUAUCAGAUCCCUGUUUUCUGAAAUUAACAAAGAAAUGCAAAUUACUAAUUCAGUGGCUCUUCAAAACCUAACUUUGCCACUUGCUCAUUUUUUGGAAAGCCUGGAUUCAUCAUCCUUGAAGACAUUAGAAAUCAUUGAAGAUUUUUUAUUGGUCAUAAAAAAUUGGUUUCAUAAAUAUGCAAACGAAGAUUACUCCAAAAUGAUACAAACAUUAUUUCUUCUUAUAGCUAACAAGAGUUCAACUGAUGAUAUAGCUUUGUUGACAAAAUAUAUUGCUACCAUUUUGGGUUAUCUCAAAAAUGUUUCUAGAGAAGAUAAUUUUGAUGUUGCCCUACUUCUUCAUCUGCUAAACCAAGAACAGCUAACUAAUUUCUCAGUUGUUCAGCUGCUUUUUGAAAGCUUCCUAAUUAAUUCAAUCAACAACUUAGCUGAGAGUGCUCAAGAAGCAGCCUUGAAUUUAAGUGAUACCAACUUUCAAAUAAUGAAUUUCAUUAACCUCACCUUGAACCAUACACAGUCAGAAAAUGGUGUCAUUCUCCCUCCAAGAAGCAUAGUGGAUUUCAUGGAACAGCUUUUGAAAACAUUCUUCCCCUUUUUACUAAAGGAAAAUUCUGGGGACGAAAUAUCUCUUCUGCUGAAAGACUUCCACAAAGAUGUCAUCGCAGAGAUGAGUUUUGUCCCAAAGGAUAAAAUUCUAGAAAAUUUGAAACUGGAUCAUUUUCUUACCUCCAUGAAAGAGGACAGAUAGGUGAACAUUUUUUCAUCUUUAAAGGAAGCUGUGUAUCACCUAAUCAAAAGCUUAUUUAUGUUAGACGGUGGAGAAUUUUAUUUUGAUAAUCCUUGAGGACUGCAGUUCAUGGGAGAUUUAUUCCACACUCUUCUAAGGGAAACCUCAAUGAAAAAUGAGACUGAAAAUAAUCUGGAGUUUCUUACGGUGGUGAAUAAUCAGUUGCUUUCCCAUAUGAACAGUUCUGAGGACCUUUUCAAACUCAAUCAAGAUCUCAGGUCUGCUCUUCACCUUGUGAGAGAAAUGUCAAUAGAGAUAGCACGUCUCAUGGACACUCUUUUAAACUUUCCUAUUAAGGACUUACGUGCCCUGUACCCUGCCCUCCAAGAAGUUAUACUCGCUAAUCUAACCGAUUUGCUUUCCUUUAUAAAUAGUUCAUCUCCCCUAAGAAACAGAGCAACGUUAGAAAUUACCAAGCGCUUACUUGGUGUUAUCUCAAGGGCAAGAGCAGGUGGAGAAAGUCAUGCCCGACCCCUCUCAGAAAUGUCUAGAACUCUGACCAUGCUGGUGGACGAUGGAGCCGAAAUGAGAGGUCUUGCCACCUCCGUCACCUCCACCAUGCACCUUCUUAAGCUGGCUGAGAAAACUUCAAGAGAGGUGGCUGCCAUGUUUGAAAUGCAUUUCGUCUUCACAACCAACAACACCAUGAAAUUCUUGGACACUCUUUAUUCCAUUUUACAACAAAGUGUUUGAGAUGUUGCCAAUGAAAUGAUUACUUUGAAAAAAGCAGAUCGUUUAAUAUUUGAAAAUAUAGAUGAUUUGUUGAUGCCAUUUCUUGACUUGGCCUUUGGGAUGAUUGGAGUCAAACCUGCUGUUUCCCAAGACUCUGAUAUUUUCAAUAUGUCAUCUAGCAUAUUCACAUAUGUGAACCAGUCCAAAGAUAUUUAUGAUAUUAGGGAAGAAAUAGCUGAAUUUUUAACUUCUGUGAAAAUCAAUUUGGGAGACAUGGAACGUCUCGUGGCAGCAUUUAAUAAUGGGACCCAAAUAUUUUCUGUGGAUUCUGUCAACUUAUGGGAAGAAAUCCUGGAUUGCUUAGUUCCUAUAGAUAACAUCAUCAGUCACAUAGACUUUUUAUAUUCUAAUCCAAUUUCCACUCAUAAUUUGCCUCAAGAUACAAAAGGGGAAAGAACUCGUGAAGUGAUCCUGUUUUUGCAUGAAAUACCGUCACGAAACAGCAUGGAACUAGGGACUUACUUGAGAAAGGUGAUCGACCUCACCUCAGAAGCGCUUUGGCAUAAGUUAGGGAAGGACAAUAAGGAUGUUUUUAGUCUGUUGCUGACAUUGGCUCCACAUCCAAAUGACCUUUUGAAAACCAUCACAGCAGUUGUAAAGGCCUCCAGUGCCUUGAAAAGUGACAACAGAGGUGAUUUGAGUAAAGCUUUGCUUUUCAGCACUUCUUUGAUUCAGGACCUGACUCACCAACAACUCAGAGAAGCAGUCCAGAGCGUGUUAAGUAGAAUAGCUCUCAUGAGUCAAGAGCUUCUCCUUAACAGCUCUCAGAAGACACACUCCUUGAGCACUUUGUUUCAGCACAUUUUUGAAAUUUUUAUUAAUGCAACCCCUGGAGAGAAUAGCAGAUCAAGAAAAGAUGAGAAGACCAAGGAAGAGCUGGUUGACUUUCCUGACAUCCUCAAACCAUUAUCACAUUUUCAGAAAUACCAGAAGGGAUUGAUUGCAUUGGCUGGAUACUGGCAAAAGGUUUCACUGAUCCAUCCCAGUGCCGUGGAAGCGUGUCGGGCUUUUCCGCAGCCUCCGGAGCCCCAGGACCUCGAGGUGACUCUGUGGAGAGUGGAGAUGCUGGUCCAGCAUGUGCUCAUCCUUCUUGCAGGUGGGCUGCUUGGGGAGAAGGGCUGCCCAGUGCCCCUGCUGGGCGGGCAGCGAGGUGGUCAGUUCGCUGCCGCCUGGAACCACGAGCUCUCCCUAAAGGAGGCGGCUGGUGAUGGGGUCAGUGAUGGACCCUGGCCAGCAGCCUCCAUCCCGCCGACACUCUGCUCUCCUCACCCGUCUUCCCAGGACCACAGGGGCCUCCGGCACCCAGGCUGCCCCCGCGCCCGCCCCACCCGGCGCUCGGCCCCACCCACCGGAGCUCGGCCCCGGGAGCCCCGCCUCCAGCAGCGCCGGGCCCGCUGGGACCGCCCCCAAGAUGCGUGCGCAGACCCAGCGCGUUGGCACCGGGCGGACCAGGGCGGACUCGCGCGUGCGGGCGCUCCGCACGCGGCUUUGCACGUGCUUGAGCUGGAAAAGAUAGGGACCUCUCUCCAUCAGCUAAGUUGUGAAGGUCUUAUUAGGAAUCUGUCCAGCGCCUUGGAAAGCUUCAGGAGCAGCUUGGAAGAUGCCAGCGAGCAGGACUGUGAAUGCCAGCCCGGACCGGCCUCCAUGAUGCACACGCACAUGUUGGCCCAAAGCCUCGAGAAGACUUUGUUGUCUGGGAAUCCCAUUAUGACUUUUCUUAGCAAUUUCACAGUAACUGGGGACGUAAAAGUAAAAGAGUUGAUGCAGAACUUCACCAAGUUAAAAGAGCUUCGAUCUUCUCUCCACAUCUCAGAUGAAACUAUCAGCAGCAUUUUAGAAGCAAACGUUUCCCACUCAGAGGUUCUCUCCAGUGCCCCGACGGUGGCUUUGUCUCGAAGGUGCGAUGGGGACGUGUUUUGUCUGCUGCUCAAGUUCCCUGAGGAUGGCAAGUCCGGGUCUGCAGCGCGGGAGCUGUGCCGCCUGCCCGGGGCCCAAGUGUUUUCCCUGAUUGUGCUGACGGGUCAGAACCCGGACCUGUGGAAUUUUGUAUACAAAGAAAGGGGAAGACGGCCGCGGGCUGGGACUCUGCUCCCUGCGGAAGCCAGCGGCCCGCUCAGCUCCCUGCUGGACGUCGUGUCCAGCCUCGGCCACCUGCUCCCCAGAGCCGGCCGCGUCCUCGAACACCUUCCCGAAUUCCUCCACGAACUUAAGAUCGCUGCCUUGCUGGACACGCCCGACUUCCCACAGGCUUCACAAAGUAACCAGGUGAGAAGCUCAGCUUUUGGUUCUUUCCAGUCUGUGAUGAAGGUGGUUUGCAAAGAGCAAGCAUCUUUCUUUAGGAACUCUGACAUCUUUCUUAACUUGCCUAGAGUUAAUGAACUCUUAGGAGAUGACAAGGAAGAAUUGAACAUUCCUGAAGAUUCAACACCCUUUUGCUUGAAGCUUUAUCAGGAAAUACUACAGUCUCCAAAUGGUGUUUUGGUGUGGUCCUUCCUAAAACCUGUAUUACAUGGAAAAAUACUGUACACGCCAAACACUCCAGAGAUUAAUAAGUUAACACGGAGGCCGGAGGGAGACCCACGGUUUCUGGGAGCCACGAGCGUAGUUCGGACCUUCUCCUCCGCGAGCGCUGUUUCUGGAACGGCGUUGCCCCCAGGGCUCCGGGGCUCGCUGCUGGCAUCCGGGGGGGAGUUCGGGGAGGCCGCCGGCUGCCCCACGGGCACGGGGCGGGCCCUCAGCGGGGAAGGAGGGAAGCUGGACCAGAUGCUGAACCGCAUGGGCGCUGGACGCCUCCGCUCCCUGGGCCGCAUCCUGACCAACCUGACCUCCUGUGUCCUGCUGACCCUCUUCCAGGGCCUGACCUCCGCCACCUCCCUGGAGGCGACCUCACAGGCCCUCAUGCGGAAAAAAAGCUUCUUGGCCAGCCCAGUGCUAUUCCCUGCGUCCAUGUUUACCAAGAACCUCAGCUCAGAAUCUCUCCAGCUGCCGCCCCAGGUUACAUACAGCAUCCGGACCAGCAUCUUGUACAGCAUAAGAACGGAUCUGGUGAAAAACCCUUUCUGGAAGUUCCACCUUCAGAGCCUCCCAGCCGAUGGGUUCAAGUAUAACUACAUCUUUGCCCCGUUGCAAGACAUGGUCGAAAGAGCUAUCAUCUCAGUGCAGACGGGGCAGGAGGCCCUGGACCCAGCCGAGCAGGUGCAGGCAAUCCCAUACCCGUGUCACACCAGCCAUCUGUUCUUGAACAACGUCGCCUUCUUCCGGCUGAUAGCGAUGCUCACGUGGAUGGUGUCUGUGGCCAGCGUGGUCCGCAGGCUGGUUUACGAGCUGGAGAUCCAGCUGGAGGAGUAUGUGAGGACAAUGGGCGUGCCCCCCGCUGUCCACUUGCUGGCUCGGCUCCCGGAGCACGGGGCCAAGCUGACGGUGAGCAGCGCCGCCCUGACCCUCAUCCUCGGGGUCAGCGGCAUCUUCCCCUCCAGCAGCACCUGGAUGGUCCUCUUCCUCCUGGACGUCGGGGUGUCGGUGGUCACGCUGAGCUGCCUCCUGAGUGCAUCCUUCGGCCGGGCGAGCUCGGCCGCCCUGUGCAGCAGCCUGCCCUACGCGGCCAGCUUCCUGCCCUGCAUCGUGCCGGCCUGCAGGCCUCCCUCGUCAGUGCGUUGUUUUGUGAAACUGCAGAACAAGGCUGCCGUGUACCCCGCAGCACGUUUCAGUGCAUCACUGUCAGAUGUGUGGGGCUUUCCCGUCUCCCCGUACCUCCUCUCCACAACUGCCUUUGGACAAGGAGUAUUUUUGGUUACAUUCCUGGAAGGGCAAGAGGCAGGGAUUCAGUGGGAUAAUAUGUACCGGUCUCUGGAACUAGGGGGCAUGACAUUUGGCUGGGUUUGCUGGAUGAUUCUGUUUGAUUCAGGCCUUUACUUCUUAUGUGGAUGGUACUAGAACAACUUGAUUCCUGGAACUUCCGGUUUAAGGAAACCAUGGUGCUUCCCCUUCACUGUUUCCUAUUGGCAGGAUGUGUGUGGGUUGGUGGUGAAAAGGCAGAUCGUGGCAGGUUCUCACCUGUUCUUCUUCAGUGGGGAUGUAGACAGUCAAGGCUCAUGCAUGCAAAAUGGGGAAGGAGAGCUGGAAGGAGCCCCCCCCCCAGGUGUUGUCCUGCUUUCUGUGACCAAGGAGCAUGUUCACCACCAGGCAGCGGUCCAGGACCUGACCCUGACUUUCCACAGGGACCAGAUCACUGCCCUGCUGGGCACCAACAGUGCUGGGAAGACCACUAUUUUUGCUGAGGGGGCUCUACCCCCACCAUCCGGAGCCAUCGCGGUCAAUGGCAGGAACCUGCAGACGGAGGCAUCCUCGGUCAGGGCGGAGCUGGGCGCGUGUCCGCAGCGCGACGUGCUGUUUGACCCCCUCACGGCGCUCGAGCACCUGCCGCUCUUCUCGUCCCUGAAGGCGCCACGGGGGACCCGCCGGGAGCUGCGUGGGCGUGUCCGUAGAACUCUCCAGGACGCGGGGCUGGCGCAGCACCUGCCCCAACACGCCCGCGCACUCGGGGGCACGUGGAGUAAGCUGUCCCUCGGCAUCGCCCUCCGACGCGUCGUGGUCCCGGACGAGCCCACCGGAGGGGUGGACCCGUGUUCCCGGCGUGGCGUCUGGGACGUGCUCCUCGAACACCGAGAAGGCCGGACUGUCGUCUUCACCACCCACCAGCUGGACGAGGCCGAGGUGCCGAGUGACCGCGUGGCCGUGCUGCAGCAGGGGCGGCCCCAGUGCUGCGGCACCCUCUCCAGUCUGACCCAGGCCCACGGCCGGGGGCUCCUCCUGAUGCUCAGCAAGGAGCCUUCUGUUCUGGAGGCCGGCGACCCAAAGGACACAGCUUGUGCCACGUCUCUGAUGCAGACCUACAUCCCACAAGCAUCCCUCCGAGGCAGCAGCUGGGGCGAGCUGAGCUACACGAUUCCUGAGGAUGCAGACAGAGCCUGCUUCAAAGGGCUUUUCCAGGCCCUGGACCAGAACCUUCACCACCUGCACCUGACGGGCCAUGGGAUCUCAGACACCAGCUUAGAAGAGGUGUUUCUGAGUCUUUUGCAAGAUUCCUCGAAGCAAUGUGACGCUGCCCCAGGGACAGAGUCGGCGCCCCCAGAGCCUGUCCCUGGUGUCUACGGCACGCCUGCUGGCACCCCCGGUGCGGGCAGACCCCUGCUCUGGGCACAGACGGCCCCCCUCCUGCUGAAGCGGCUCCGCCACUCGGGUCGGGCCUGGAAGGGCACCGCCGUCGACCUGCUGCUGCCCGUGCUCUUCGUGGCCCUGGCGAUGGGCUUGUUCAUGGUGAGGCCUUUGGCCAUCGACUGCCCUCCCCUCAAACUGACACCUGGUCAUUACAACAUGGCCGAAACCUACUUUUUCAGCAGUGAGAACGGUGACAUGGAGCUCGCCCACGUGCUUUUGCGGAAGUUUGGGGAUCAGGACCCUCUGGGGAAUUCUUCCUGCUGGUGCACGGACCCCUUCUCUCACCCAGAAGUCCAGGAGUCCUGCGGCUGCCUGAAGUGCCCCAGUGGAAGCACCAGGGCGCCCUACCUGACCAACCGCCUGGGCCACAGGCUGCUCAACCUCUCCGGCCUCCCCCUGGAGGAGUAUUUGCUGGCGCCAGAGGAAAAACCAAGUCUCGGAGGAUGGUCUUUCGGAGUGAGAAUCCCUGAUUAAGUUCAAGACGCACAUUCAAAUAUAUCAAAACCCAGAACUUUGGCAAAGGGCCAUUAAGUUCUCUUUCUUUUUUGGGUGUGGUACAAUCAGAAGGGCUUUCAUUCCCUGCCAUCCUACCUAAAUCAUCUCAAAAACCUUAUUUUGUGGAGGAUCUUACCCCCUGUGGCAGACUAGAGGCAGUACGGAAUCACGCUUUACAGCCACCCAUACGGAGGAGCCUUGCUGAACGAGGACAAGUUCCUGGAAAGCAUCCACCAGUGCGGCAUCACCCUAUGCAUCGUGCUUGGAUUCUCCAUCCUGUCCGCGUCCAUCGGCAGCUGUGUGCGGGACAGUGUGACUGGGGCCACGAGGCUGCAGCACAUGAGUGGCCUGGGCUACAGGACCUACUGGCUCACGAUCUUCCUGUGUGACGCGGCCCUCUUCCCUUGAUUUUCUCGGCUCUUUUACUUGGGUUCUGUCUGCCUGUGUGUCACUGUGAUCCCCGCCUUCCAGUUAAUGGCUUUCGCUUUCCGGGAUAACCUGGUGGCCACGGCCCUCCUGCUGGCACUUUCUGGUAUACACGCGACUCUUCCGUGGGUGUAUCUCAUCUCCAGAAUCUUCUUCACUUCGGACAUGGCUUUCAUCUCCUACAUCUCCCUGAACUUCCUCCUCGGUCUCUGCACCAUGCCGAUGUCCGUCAUGCCCUGGCUGUUGGCCUUUGUCUCCAAGUCUCAGAAUUUGCAGAACAUCUGUGACAUCCUCAAGUGGGUCUUCACUAUUUUCCCUCAAUUCUGCCUGGGUCAAGGGCUGAUAGAACUCUUAUACAAUCAGAUCAGAUACAACCUGACCCACAACUUCGGCAUUGAUUCGUACGUGAGCCCCUUCGAGAUGAGCUUCCUGGGCUUGAUCUUUGUGCAGCUGGCAGUACAAGGGACGGUCCUUCUCCUCCUGAGGGUCCUGCUGCACGGGGACCUCUGGCAGUGGCCCAGGGGCCACUCUGCCAUUCGAGGCACAGUCACAUCUUCCAAGGACGUAGAUGUUGAAAAAGAGCAAGUGAGGGUGUUGGAAGGCAGAACUAGUGGAGACUAGUACAACCUUAGUAAGAGUUAAAGAGGCUUCUUCAAGAGGACCACUGCCGUGCAAGAUAUUAGCUUGGGCCUACUCAGGGGAGAGUGCUUUGGGCUUCUACGGGUGAACGGAGCUGGGAAAACCACCACAUUCAAAAUGCUGACCGGGGACCUGCCUCUGAGCUCAGCACACGCCAUCCUCAGGACUCCCAUGGGAGAGGAUGUGGAUCUGGCUAUUGCUGGCACAGCCGGCAUCCGCGUUGGCUACUGUCCGCAGCAGGACGCCCUGGACGAGCUCCUGACCAGCUGGGAACACCUGCAUUAUUACUGCAGCCUGAGUGGGGUUCUGCAGUGCAUCCCCAAAGUGGCCAGGGACCUCGUGAGGCGCCUCCACCUGGAAGCCCACGUGGACAAACCUGUGUCCACCUACAGCGGGGGGACCCAGAGGAAGCUGCCCACAGCCCUGGCCCUGCUGGGGAAACCCGACCGUCUCUUACUGGACGAACCCAGCUCGGAGAUGGAUCCCUGCUCCAAGUGGCACCUGUGGGAGGCGGUGACAAAGGAGGCUCAGGAGGGCUGUGCCAUGGUCCUGAGCUCCCACAGCAUGGAGGAGUGUGGGGCCGUGUGCAUGAGACUUGCCAUCAUGGUCCAUGGCAGCUUCCGGUGCCUGGGGUCCCCACAGAACAUCAAAAACAGGUUUGGUGAUGAUUAUACAGUCAAGGUUUGGCUCUGCAAUGAAGCAAAUCAACACAGUGCUGUUUCCGACUGCUUGAAGCUCUCUUUUCCAGGAAUCCAGUUUAAGGGGUAGCGCCUUAAUUUAUUGGAAUACCAUGUGCCAAAAAGAUGGGCGUGCUGUCUAUUCAGAGUUCUGGAGGACAAUAAAAACUUCCUGAGUAUCAAAUAUUACUCCAUCAAGCAAACCCCUCUGGAGCAGAUACUUGUUAAUUUUGUGACUGAGCAGCAACAAACUGCACCACCUUCUGGUCCGUCCGCCAGUCGUGAGCACCCACAGAACCUGACUGUCUAA